AUGCCUACAAUUUUCUGCUGCAAUGCCAUUGAGCCCUAUCGCUCGCAGUAUCUUGAUCAUCAAUCCAAGUUUAAUAACUUCAUGUCAUGGGGGUCUUUCCCCAGAGAUUCUACUCUUGAUGAGGCCCAGCAUGACCUCUCCGAGCUCAAUCCUUCCUAUGCAGUCCAGCUUGUUAGACAAGUAAACUUCGGCCCACUCGAGUCCAAAAGAUACUUCAUCCCUCAAGGUUCAUCCGAAGGGCAGUACAUCGAAGUGUCUGAACACGACUUGAUCCAGGCCAACUUCAAGAAGGCUAAUACCUACAAGAACUACAAAUGCCGUGGCCACAAUAAGUUCUUUGAGGUGAACAUCUACCAGAAAGACCCCGUCAACAAACACCACUGGCGCGCUGAUAUUGCGAGACCGGCUGGUUCAAUCGACCUCUAG